GAUUGAGUAAUGACAAGAACCAAGAGAAAUGAAACCAGAAAAUUCUUUUUGGACAAAAUAAUUAUAAAAUAGUAAAAAUACUUCACUUCACAUUAUUCUUUCUUUAAACUCCAAAUCUCUUAUGAUAUAUCUAGUAAAAUCAAGACCACUAAUUUGAGUUUUACUCAUCUAAAACCUUUCCUAGUUCUGAUUCCUUUUGUCACCACAAAUAUUUAACUGUGCAAAAAUUCUGAUUCCAUGUACCAACAAAGAACAAGUCCUGUCAACACUUUCUCAUGCCCAAAAGCUGUUUAUUAUGGUCUCAAAUCACCCAAUUCAUUGCUUUGUUCCCCAACCGAAUCUGUUUAUUAUCAAUAAACCAAACUUUCUUUCCUUUUGGGCUCUCCUCACUCAUAGGGAUUUUCUUGGGAAAAUAAUAGAUGGAAAGUGAUCACCAUGAUCAUGAGCAAGAAAGAAAAAGAGAAGAAGAAAAGUAUGAAGAUGAUGAUGAAGAAGAAGUCGAGUUUGAAGACGAGUCCAAGAGAAAAUGGUGGAAAAGGGCUUAUAGUUUGUUGAUGAGAAGUGAUAACGGUGGUGAAUUAGGUGGCGAAGGUUCUUCUUCUACCAUAACCACUCGAUUUGGGAGACCAAUUGGAAAUGGAACCAGUUUAAAUCAUCAUUUCGACCAAUUAGUCAUUCAUCCUGAUAACUGGUGGUACGUGGUGUGGACGCACUUCAUUCUGAUAUGGGCAGUCUACUCCUCCUUCUUCACUCCACUCGAGUUCGGCUUCUUCAGAGGACUACCGGAAGACCUCUUCCUUCUCGACAUCGCCGGCCAAUUCGCCUUUCUCCUCGACAUUGUCGUCCGCUUCUUCGUCGCCUACCGUGACUUCCAUUCCCACCGCAUGGUCUACGAUCGCAAACUCAUUGCUCUUCGGUACUUGAAGUCUCGAUUCACCGUUGAUAUUCUGGGUUGCUUGCCUUGGGAUUAUAUCUAUAAGGCUUCUGGGAGAAAAGAGCCAGUGAGGUACUUAUUAUGCAUUAGGCUAAGUCGAGCUUGUAGAGUCACAGAGUUUUUUGAGAAAUUGGAAAAGGAUACUCGUAUGAAUUACAUGUUUACGAAGAUCGUAAAACUUUUCGUUGUUGAGCUCUACUGCACGCAUACAGCUGCUUGCAUCCUUUAUUAUCUUGCUACCACUGUCGAGCCAUCUCAGGAAGGAUACACAUGGAUAGGAAGUUUGAAGAUGGGUGAUUAUAGCUAUUCCCAAUUUAGAGAGAUUAAUCUUUGGAAGCGUUAUAUAACCUCACUCUAUUUUUCCAUUGUUACCAUGGCGACUGUUGGUUAUGGAGAUGUACACGCCGUCAAUGUCAGGGAAAUGAUAUUCAUAAUGAUUUAUAUAUCUCUGGAUAUGAUUCUUGGUGCUUAUCUGCUUGGUAAUAUAGCAGCUCUAGUAGUAAAAGGCUCAAACACGGAAAAAUUUAGAGAUAAGAUGACCGACCUUAUCAAAUACAUGAACAGAAACAAACUGGACAAACAUACAAGCAAGAAAAUUAAAGACCACUUACGGUUACAAUUUGACCGGAGCUACACUGAGGCUUCUGGUCUUCAGGAUAUUCCAAUAUCUAUUCGCCACAAGAUUUCACAGAACUUAUAUGAGUCGUAUAUUAAACAAACUUCUCUUUUCAAGGGCUGCUCUACAGGAUUCAUAAAGCAGAUUGCAAUCAGUGUCCAUGAGGAGUUUUUCCUUCCAGGAGAAGUGAUCAUAGAGCAGGGAAAUGUAAUAGAUCAACUUUACAUUGUAUGCCAUGGUGCGCUGGAGGAGGUAGGGAAUGAUGAAGGUGAUAAAGCCGAAGAGUUUUGUAGACAGCUACAGACCUAUAGCUCAUUUGGCGAGGUUUCUUUUCUUUGCAAUACUCCUCAGCGUUAUACUGUUGUGGCUCGUGAACUGUGUAGAGUUUUGCGACUCGAUAAACAUUCCUUUACUGAAAUCCUAAAAAUAUACUUUUUAGAUGGACGGAUUGUAUUGAACAACCUCCUCGAGGGAAAAGACUUAAGUAUUCGAAAGAAGCUUUUGGAGUCAGAUAUCACAAUUUACAUUGGAACUCAUGAACUAGAACUGGCUACAAGGGUUAACUGUGCUGCUUAUGUCGGUGAUCUUUAUCGAGUAAAACGCAUGAUUGAAGCUGGAGCAGAUCCAAACAAUACAGAUUAUGAUGGUAGAUGUGCUUUGCAUGUUGCAGCAUCUAAAGGGUAUGAAGAUAUUACCGCUUUCCUGAUUGAACAAGGAGUUAAUGUCAAUAAUACAGAUAAUUUUGGAAACACUCCUUUACUGGAAGCCCUCAAGAAUGGUCAUGAUCGAGUAGAUUCAUUGCUCACCAGUGCCGGAGCUGUCCUCACCAUUGAUGACACUGGUAGUUUUCUCUGCAGUACAGUUGCUAGAAGGGACCUGGAUCUUCUUAAAAGGGUUUUGGCGAAGGACAUCAAUCCAAAUGUGAAGAACUAUGAUCACAGAACACCACUCCACAUAGCUGCUUCGGAAGGGCUAUCUCAAAUGGCAGAAUUACUAUUAGAAGCAGGAGCAACUGUUUUUUCCAAGGACAGAUGGGGAAAUACUCCACUCGACGAAGCCCGAAUAGGUGGCGACAAAAAGUUGAUCAAGUUGCUUGAAGUUGCAAGAUCUUCUCAGUUGUUGGAGUUCUCUGAAUCUUAUCAAGAAAAUAAAGAUGGUACAAAGGAAAUAGAUGCCUCCACUCCAUGACACUAGAAAGCAAGAGAAGUUGAGAUGAAAUGAUCAAGUGGCUUUUUAUCACCAAAUGGGGUGAGCUUUUUUUUAUUAUUAUUUUAUUAUUUUAUUUUAAAAAAAAAGUGGGUUCAAAGAAUUCUGCUAGGUGGUUCAGAAGGGGAAAUGUUUAGGUUCCAUUCUAUUAUGUAAAGAAGCUAUUUAUGAUCAUUUUAUUUUCAAAUGAAUUACUGACAGGUUAUGGUCUGAAAAAUGUUACCUUUAGAAAGUUUUUAUUAUUGCUUCAAA